AUGCCAUCGAAGCCAUGGUGGGACUGUGAGGUUUCCAGCGCCAUGGAAACUCAACUGAUCUGCUUUUUUUCCUUCCAGUACAUUGGGAGCCUGGAUGUGCCUCGGCCAAACAGCCGGGUGGAGAUCGUGACAGCCAUGCGGCGGAUCAGGUAUGAGUUUAAAGCCAAGAAUAUCAAGAAGAAGAAAGUGAAUCUCAUCGUGUCAGUGGAUGGCGUGAAGGUCAUUCUGAAGAAGAAGAAGAAGCUUCUUUUGUUGCAGAAAAAAGAAUGGGCCUGGGAUGAGAACAAAAUGCUUGUCAUGCACGAUCCCAUCUACAGGAUAUUCUAUGUAUCUCAUGACUCUCAGGAUCUAAAGAUCUUCAGCUACAUUGCCAGGGAUGGAUCUAGCAAUGUCUUCAGGUGUAACGUCUUCAAAUCCAAGAAGAAGAGCCAAGCCAUGCGCAUCGUCCGGACGGUGGGGCAGGCGUUCGAGGUCUGCCACAAGCUGAGCCUGCAGCACACCCAGCAAAAUGCAGAUGGGCAGGAGGAUGGGGACAGUGAGAGGAAUGGGGACGACCUGGAUGUCCCAGCCUGCCACCUCACCAGUGCGGAGAGGGUGGCCGCCUCAGCGGAGGAGACAGACAUUGACGCUGUGGAGCUGCCCCUGCCGGGGGCCGACAUCCUCGACUUCAGCCGUGGUGUGACUGACCUCGACGCUGUGGGCAAGGAGGCGAGCGCCUAUGCCGACGUGAAGGGCUGCCUCCACCCUGAAGAUAUCCUGACAGCGUCACCCAAGAUGCUGCUGCCUUCAUCUGCUCAGCUGCCAGACCUGGGAACACCCCUCUCUGCCCACCACCAAAUGCAACUUCUCCAGCAGCUCCUGCAGCAGCAGCAGCAGCAGACACAAGUGGCCGUGGCACAGGUCCACUUGCUGAAGGACCAGCUGGCUGCGGAGGCAGCGGCACGGCUGGAGGCUCAGGCCCGUGUGCACCAGCUCCUGCUCCAGAACAAGGACUUACUGCAACACAUCUCGCUCCUGGUCAAACAGGUGCAGGAGCUGGAACUGAAGCUAUCAGGGAACACCACCACGGGCUCCCAGGACAGUCUGCUGGAGAUCACCUUCCGUUCCAAUGUCCUCCCAGUCCUCUGCGACCCGACCACUCCGCAGCCUGAGGACAGCCACCCGGCGCCACUGGGUCCUGGCUCGGGCUUCCCCAGUGCUGUGGGCAGCCCCAUAGGUAGGAACGACUGUCUGGUGAAGCUGGAGUGCUACCGCUUUCUGCCAGGCUCGGGGCCGCCCCCCCCAGAGCCAGCGCUGGGCAGCCUGGAGCUCAUUAAGUUCCGUGAGUCAGGCAUCGCCUCUGAGUACGAGUCCAACACGGACGAGAGCGAGGAGCGUGACUCCUGGUCCCAGGAGGAACCACCACGCCUGCUCCACGUCCAGUCCAGGCAGGACCUGGGCGACAGCCUGGAGGACGAGAUCGCGGUGUAGGGAUCGGCAGGAGGUGGUGCGGAGCAGCCGGGACCCGCUGGAGCUGCGGCGGACCCUGGCUGUAGCCACCUGGCCCUGGCGGGGACAGGACACCCCAGAGGGAGAUGGGGCAGAGGAGGGAGCACAAGGCUUCCAGCACAUGGCCAGGAAGUGUGGAGAGGUGAGGACAGAGCCGUGCUGAGGGUCUGUGUCAGGUGAGCUCUGCUCCAGCGUGCAUGGGCUUGUGUACUGAGCUGGAGCAUCCCCACUUUGCAUCGGACAGUGAGCUGGCAGCUGCUUGUGCUACCCCCUGGUCCCUGUCCCCCCCGCAAGCUGUGUUUUGAGGUUUGGCAGAAGCCGAGGGACUGCCUGCUGGAGUAGCCACUGCUGCUGGUGGGGAAGCAGUAAAGCAGAUAAAAGUUUUUUUCUGGGGGAGUGAGAGCAGGCACGGGGCAGUGAGAGGGACAAGAAGGACUGAGGAGGCAGCACCAGGACAGUGAGUGGAAAUGGAGUUGCUGGCAGGGAGUCUGGUGCUCUGCGUGGUGGAGAGGGGGUGGGAUGUGAGGCCAGGGCCGUGCUAGCAGGGUGGUUAGGGCUGGUGACGGUGCACUGUUGACAUGGGUGCAUGAGUGAGGUGAGGCAGCAGGGGACAGGGGGAACAAGUCUGGGAAGGAGCUGAACGGGUGAGCUGAGGUUGCACAGAGUAGCCAGGUACAGGCAGAUUCUGACAGAGUGUUUGUGGCACUUCCAGGACAGGGUUUGUCCCUGUCUGAGGCAGGUGGAGGGCGUGCAGGCACUUCCCACUCUCCCGGGCUGUGGAGUGGAGAGGAAGGCACAGCUUGGUGCAGAGCAGGGAGCCAGGGCACACAGCACGGUGCUGUGAAGUGUCCUCCCCCUCAUUGUCCAGUCCUUGGGCUCCUCAGCAUGGCUUCCAGAUUUCAGAGCCUUUCUGUCCUCAAGUCAUAUUUUCAAGCACUCCCCUGCACCCCCCAUCACAACAAACU